AUGCCUCAACAACCUACCUACCGAUCAUGCAAGUUUUUCUGCACCAACCCUAUCAAUGCUCAGUGUCGCAAGGGAUUUUUGACUUGUGCAGGCCUCGCCAACCACAGAAAUGCUGUGCACACUAAUUUAGUACCAUUCCCUCCUCAUAUCCCUCAAUACCAACCACAGACCAUGGAGCAUCAUCACUUCAACAAUAAUGUUGGUCAACAACCCGACACAGAUGUCGAUAGCAGGAGCGACUCCAACAAUGCACCUCCGCUGGGUGCAUACUUUGUAUGGCACUCUGUGAUUGAUGGAACUCCUUGUGAUAUGGAUAGCAAUGACCUCGAUAGAUCACAACCUCUCCCUCACAAGAAGCCAAAAUCACCAUAA